GGCCCGCGAGGUUGGUUGCGCGGGCGCCGGGGACGGAGACGCUGCCCUUCCGCAGCGAUGGGAUCCCGGCUCUGUGGAGGGAACCUCUGGUAUGUGUGUCCCUGUCCACUUGGGCCCUGGAUGGUGCCCGAGACCCAGCCAGCAGCCAGUUGAAGACGUUCUCCUUGGAAGCUCUCAGCCCCGAGGGCUCCUGCCUGGGGUGCUGGUCCUGCCAUGGCGUUCCAGAGGACUGAGGGCAUGUCCGUGAUCCAGGCCCUGGCCAUGACAGUGGCCGAGAUCCCUGUGUUCCUGUACACGACAUUUGGGCAGACAGCGUUCUCGCAGCUGCGGUUGACACCAGGCCUGCGGAAGGUCCUCUUUGUCACAGCCCUGGGGACAGUGGCCUUGGCCCUGGCCGCCCACCAGCUGAAGAGGCGACGGCGGAGGAAGAAGCAGGUCGGCCCCGAGAUGGGAGGCGAGCAUCUGGGCACAGUGCCCCUCCCCAUCCUCCUGGCCAGGAAGGUCCCCUCGGUGAAGAAAGGCCACUCCAGCCGGCGGGGGCAGAGCCCCAGCAGCAAGAGCAACGACACCCUGAGCGGCAUCUCCUCCAUCGAGCCCAGCAAGCGCUCAGGGUCCUCCCACAGUCUGGCCUCGGUGGUGGCGGUGAACUCAUCCAGCCCCAUGGCUGCGAGUUCAGGACCGUGGGAGGCCAGAGGGAUGGAGGAGUCUGUGACCACCAGCGACGGCAAUGCCGAGAGCCUCUACAUGCAAGGCAUGGAGCUGUUCGAGGAGGCUCUGCAGAAGUGGGAGCAGGCGCUGAGCGUGGGGCAGAGGGGGGACAGUGGCAGCACCCCCACGCCGAGGGACAACCUCCGGAACCCCGAGACUGCUUCGGAGGCACUGUCCGAGCCAGAGUCACAGCGAAGGGAGUUUGCAGAGAAGCUGGAGGCCCUGCUGCACCGGGCCUACCACCUGCAGGAGGAGUUUGGGCCCACCUUCCCGUCCGACAGCAUGCUGCUGGACCUCGAGCGGACCCUCAUGCUGCCCCUGACUGAGGGCUCGCUGCGUCUUCGGGCGGACGAUGAGGACAGCCUGACCUCGGAGGAUUCCUUCUUCUCCGCUACCGAGCUCUUUGAGUCCCUGCAGGUCGGAGAUUACCCCAUCCCACUCUCCAGGCCCGCUGCCGCCUACGAGGAGGCCCUGCAGCUGGUGAAGGAGGGAAAGGUGCUCUGCCGGACCCUCAGGACAGAGCUGCUGGGCUGCUACAGUGACCAGGACUUUCUGGCCAAGCUCCACUGUGUGCGGCAGGCCUUCAAGGGCCUCCUGGAAGACGAGAGCAACCAGCUUUUCUUUGGGGAGGUCGGCCGGCAGAUGGUGACAGGCCUGAUGACCAAGGCUGAGAAGAGCCCCAAAGGCUUCCUGGAGAGCUACGAGGAGAUGUUGAGCUACGCCCUGCGGCCGGAGACCUGGGCCACCACGCGGCUGGAGCUGGAAGGCCGUGGGGUGGUCUGCAUGAGCUUCUUCGACAUUGUGCUGGACUUCAUCCUCAUGGACGCCUUCGAGGACCUGGAGAACCCCCCGUCCUCCGUGCUCGCUGUCCUCAGGAACCGCUGGCUGUCAGACAGCUUCAAGGAGACGGCCCUGGCCACUGCUUGCUGGUCAGUUCUGAAAGCCAAGAGGAGGCUGCUGAUGGUGCCCGAUGGCUUCAUCUCCCAUUUCUACUCCGUAUCGGAGCACGUUAGCCCCGUCCUGGCCUUCGGCUUCCUCGGGCCCAAGCCCCAGCUCUCUGAAGUCUGUGCUUUCUUCAAGCACCAGAUCAUGCAGUACCUGAGGGACAUGUUCGACCUGGACAAUGUGCGCUACACGGCGGUGCCGGCACUCGCGGACGACAUCCUGCAGCUGUCCCGGCGCCGCAGUGAGAUCCUGCUCGGCUACCUGGGGGUGCCGGCGGCCAGCAGCGUGGGCCUGAACGGCGUGCUGCCCCGCGAGAAUGGGCCCGUGGACGAGCUGCACUAGUGACGACGCGGGCUUUGGGGGGCAGAGGA